UCACAUGACCGACCAUCAUGGCGGCGCCCAUGAGGCUGUGCCGGGGCCUGGGGUUGCGCCCGCGAUGGUUGCGCCGGGGGCUUCCGCUGCUGUUCUCGAGGGUGCGGAGCGGCCGCCCGGCGGCGGCAGCAGCUGCUGGGAGAAGCCGGCUGUACGAGCACGCGCGGGGCGGCUGGACGGCGCGCCCGCAGCUGAACUUGGAGGCGCUGAGCGCGCAGCUGGGCGAGGCCGAGCGGGAGCUGGAGACGCGCAAGGGGCCUCUCGGGCCGCGGGACCUGCGCGAGAUUGUUGCCACUUGGCAGAGAUUAGUCGAGGUGCAAGAAGAAAUUGCAGUACUUGAAGCUGAGAAAGAGAAGGUGGCUGAAGAAGUGGGGAAUAUUGUGAAAAGCCAAGACAGAAGUACUUUGCAGUCGCACCCUGCCUACAAUGCGUUGCGGAAGCAGGGAAGGGACCUCCGCCUUCGCCUCAAUGCUUUGCGCCAGCAGGAGCUGGAGCUGGAUGAGAAAUACUACCAGCGCGCCCUCAGGCUGCCCAACAGGACCCAUCCAGAUGUGCCAAUUGGAGAUGAGAGCCAAGCGCGGGUGUUGGAGGUUGUUGGUGAAAAGCCAGCAUUUGACUUCAAGGUGAAAGGGCACCUGGAAAUUGGGGAAGACCUGGAUAUCAUAAGGCAAAGGCGCCUGUCUCACAUCUCGGGCUACCGGUCCUUCUACCUCCGUGGGGCAGGAGCAAUGUUGCAGCAAGCCUUGGUGCAGUUCACUUACAACAAGCUGGUGAAAAAGAGUUGUUUCCCAAAAUGUCCCAUCAUCUCACCACCGGCCCAGCUGCGGGCAAAAGCCUCUCUUCCACGACCUCUUCUCUGCGCCAGGACAGAAGAUGGCUUUAUCCCCAUGACUGUUCCAGAUCUGCUGAAAGGAGCUGUCUUUGAAGGUUGUGGCAUGCCCCCAGAAGCCAGCUCGUCCCUGCUGUACAACAUAGACCCUUCUCGCUUCGAAGACCUAAGCCUGGCAGGCACGUCCGAGGUUGGCAUUGCAGGGUACUUCAUGGAUCAUGCGGUGAAUCUGAAAGACACCCCCGUCAGAACAGCGUGUGUCAGCACGUGCUACAGGGCGGAAACAGAAACUCGCCAUGAGUCGUGGGGACUGUAUCGAGUGCACCAGUUCACCAAGGUGGAAAUGUUUGGGGUCACUGCCAACGAGACGGGGUUCGAAAGUGAGGCCCUGCUGGACGAAUUCCUGGCCGUGCAGAAGGAGAUCUUCUCUGAGCUGGGACUUCACUACAAGGUCCUGGAUAUGCCCACACAGGAACUGGGCCUACCUGCAUACAGGAAAUUCGACAUUGAGGCCUGGAUGCCCGGCCGGGACAAGUAUGGAGAGAUCUCCAGCGCCUCCAACUGCACAGACUAUCAGAGCCGCCGGCUGAACAUCAUGUACUACAACCAGGAAGGCCGUCUGUCUUAUGCGCACACGGUCAACGGCACAGCCUGCGCUGUUCCCCGGAUGCUGAUUGCCCUCCUGGAAUCCAACCAGCUGAAGGAUGGCAGCGUUCGGGUACCAGACGUCCUCCAGCCGCUGAUGGGCACAGAGAUCAUCGGCAAGCCCAGCUACACUCCGCUGAAAUACAUCGGCCCAAACCAGCCCAAAAGACACUGAACACCCCCCAAAUCCUGGGGUGCCUUGGAAAAUCGGAGAGGAUCAAGAAGUCCAGAGACCCAGGAGAGGAAGGAAGGAUGAGCGCUUGAAUAGUGACGCUACCUUGUGGGUGGGGUGGGUGACUUUGGACUGGGGCGGGGGGCCUGAAAUGCCAGCGAGGUGACCUUAGCCCAAACUGGGCACUGUGGAGAGAGAGAGCUCACCUCUUCAGGGUAGAGGGGAAUAUGAGCCGUCCUUCCCAAAGUGAUAUUCGUGGACCCAGAGCGCUUCCAGAAAAGGCUGGCUGUGAAGUCCCAACAUGUGACUUUGCCCUUCCCUGAAGUUCCUGCCAUUUCCCCCUCAUCCAGACUCCGGUUAGCGGCUUCCUCUAUUGUCUUAACCUCUAUUGUAUUUCGUUGGUGGGGAAGCGGGGUACAUUGAUCAGAACCGUCGACGGAACAGAGAAGACAUUCGCCCAAUAAAAAUCGCUAAUGAAAACGUC